AUGGCUGGUGGCUACCUCGACAGGUCAGAGCCUCAGCGCCCAGUGAUUUGCCGCUGCUCCAACUGGAAGCGCAUCCUGAAGGUGCUGGACGGGGCGCUGGAGAGCGUCGACGUCAAGCUGAAGAUGGACCACAAGAGCGACCUGGUGUUCCUGGGGGACAUGGAGCCGGCCGAGAUCAGCUACCGCCUGAAGAACUACUACAAGUUCAUCUUCGUGCGGAACCCCAUGGAGAGGCUGCUCUCGGCCUACCGGAACAAAUUUGGGGAGAUUAAGGAGUACCAGCAGAAGUACGGGGUGGAGAUCGUCAGGCGGUAUCGGAAGAACGGGGGGAAUUCGGCGGGCGACGAUGUCACCUUCUCCGAGUUUCUCCGGUACCUGCUGGACGAGGAGGUGGAGAGGAUGAACGAGCACUGGAUGCCCAUCUACAACCUGUGCCAGCCCUGCGCCGUCAGGUACGACUUCAUCGGCUCCUACGAGCGGCUGAACGCGGACGCCAACUACGUCCUCGAGCGAGUCCAGUCGCCCUCCUUCAUCCGCUUCCCCGAACGGCAGUCGUGGUACAAGCCCGUGACGGCAGAAACGCUCCAUUACUACCUGUGCAACACCCAGCGCCGGCUGAUAAAAGAGCUGUUAACAAAGUACAUCCUGGAUUUCUCCCUCUUUGCCUACCCCCUUCCCAACAUCACCAGCGAAUUCUGCAGGCAAUGAGUGGUCCUUGGCGGGCUCUGGUGUAAACUCGGCCCACGCCGCAAGGAUUUGCUGCUGCAGCCGUUGCUGCGGGGCCUGCGAAGCCCUCUCUUCUAUGCAUUAUUUCCUAAUUUUUACACUUUUUGAACAUAAAGUAUCACAUAUUGCCUUUGCUCCGGGAAUACUUUUUGUAUUGUUCUGGUUUUAACCUGUACAUACGCCGC